CUUGUAGCCUAUAGGAGGUCGAACGCAGCAUCUCCACCGUUUUGCUGUCCUCCGUCUUUUGCCAGGUACGAUGACGAUUCGUGCGACCAAAUUCACGCCCGCAGUCUUGCUCUCUGCGCCUCGGCGCGGCCCAGCGAUUCCCAACAGCGACGGAUCAAAGAUCCUCUGCUCCGUUUCGACAUACAGCUUCGAAACGCACGAGAAGACCACGGAGAUUCGUCUGCUUGACACGAGGGAUCACCACUCAAGUCUGGUCUCUAAUGCCAAUGGUCUAGGGAAUGUCGCUUGGCUCGAUGACGAGACCAUUGUCUUGCUUGUGAGCGGCGACAAAGGCCAAACCAAAGUCCUCGUUGGGGAUCCUACCAAGUGGGACAGUAACCACAUCGCGGGAACGAUUGACGGACCCGUCGGUGAUCUGAAAGUCAAGAAGCUGCAGACCGGCGGCUUUGCUCUUGCUGUGUCUGGCUCCGCCAACCCGGACGGUUCUCUGUUCAAUCCUGAAACGGCUCCAAAGCGCUUCACGACCGGCCGCUUGUACAAGUCGCUGUUCGUGAGGCAUUGGGAUACAUACGUGGCUCCGCAGCGCAACGCUAUAUUCUACGGCUCAUUAGCGGUUUGCAGCGAGUCCGGCCGAUAUGUGUUGUCAAAGCUGGACAAUGUGCUCGUGGGCACCGGCCUUGAGUCGCCCAUACCACCCUUUGGCGGAACGGACCACUUUGACGUCUGUGAGAACUCUGUGAUCUUCGCUGCGAAAGAUCCGGAUCUAAACCCCGCGAGCAACACAAAGUGCAACGUGUAUCUCGUGAAAAUCCUGGAUUGGACGAACACAACACCCGCACCCGCUGCUCGACCCCAACAGGUCGGCGUCUUGGAAGAAUUUCGAGGUGCGAUCACCUCGCCCGUCUUUUCUCCCGAUGGUAACUCGGCUGCGUUUCUGCAGAUGCGAAAGAAUGGAUACGAAUCGGAUAAAAACCACCUAAUCGUCAUUCCGGAUCUUUCCAGACCAUCGACAUGUAUUGCUCCGUUACGAGCUUCCGGAGGUGGAGAGGAAUGGGACCGCAGCCCUUCAAGUAUAAGUUGGAGCUCGGAUGGCUCCACGUUGUAUUUGACGGCGGAGGAACACGGAAGGGUCAAGCUUUUCAAGACUCCCGCAAAACCAAGUGCAGCCAUACAUCCGACGUUGCUGACCGGUUCCGAAGGCAGCGUUUCUUCGGUGUCGGUGCUGGAGACGGGUAACUUGAUCCUCACGUUCACAAGCCUGGUGGACAACAGUGCAUACUACCUCCUUGAGCCGACUCUGUCGUCGCCAAAACCGCAGCUCCUGUCGUCGAACGCGAAGAACGGAGCGUUGUUCGGCCUUUCCGCGAAGCAGAUCGACGAGCUCUGGUGGCCAGGAGCCGCGCCCAAGACGAAAGUGCACGCCUGGGUGGUCAAACCGUCAAACUUUGACGCGAAGCAGAAGUACCCUCUUGCGUACUUGGUUCACGGCGGCCCUCAAGGGGCGUGGGAAGAUGCGUGGUCGACGCGCUGGAACCCGGCCGUGUUCGCCGAGCAAGGCUACGUGGUCGUCUGCCCGAAUCCGACGGGCUCCACCGGCUACGGCCAGCGCUUCACGGACGCGAUCCGCAAAAACUGGGGAGGCCUGCCCUACCAGGACCUGGCCCUGGGGUUCGAGCACAUUGAAAAGAACGUGGCCUAUGUUGACACGGAGCGCGCGGUCGCGCUCGGCGCGAGCUACGGCGGCUACAUGAUGAACUGGAUCCAAGGACACGACCUGGGCAGGAAGUUCAAGGCGCUGGUCACCCACGACGGCGUCUACUCGAUGGCGUCGCAGCAGGCGUCCGAGGAGCUCUACUUCCCCGAACACGAGUUCGGCGGCACCUGGUGGGACAAUCAGGACUCCUGGCUCGAGUUCGACCCGGCAAAGUUCACCGCGAACUGGGCGACGCCGCACCUCAUCAUCCACAGCGACAAGGACUAUCGGCUCACCGUCGCGGAGGGCCUCGCUGCGUUCAACGUCCUGCAGGAGAGAGGCGUGCCUAGCCAGUAUCUCACCUUUCCGGACGAGAACCACUGGGUCCUCAACCCGGAGAACUCCUUGCUGUGGCACGCGGCCGUGCUGGAGUGGAUAAAUGGCUGGGUCGGUCUGCCUACGCCGAGCGAGAACGACCCGCAGCUAGCCAAGGUGUUGGAGGAGGCUUCCGUGCCAAAGUGGGGGACUGCGAUGAACUGAAGCAUGCGUUAUUUGGGGGGAUUUGAACCGUCGUGGACCUCUUUGACAAGUUUUCAUUUAUUUUUUUUUUAAAACUGUUUACUAGGUGCCCAUGAUUGGAAGCAAACCUCUAGCUCACGAAUCCAUGUACAUAGAGGUACCAAAAAAAAGUUAAGCCAAAGUCAGCGCCAAUCCAAAUGACAUUUCAUGUA